AUGCUUUGCUACUUCGAUACGCAGACGGACAGCUUCAUGAUGUCUUUAGCUGAAAUGUGGCUACCGAUGGAACAGAUCGACGAUACGGAAGAUCCCGAUCUCAACCUGGACAUGGUGCAGGAUGACAUCGUGUGUGGCGUACCCUCCUUCUAUGAUCCCUGUUUGUACCUCGACACCCGCAUAUCCCCGGACCAGAAGCUCCAGAUCCGGCACGAUUGCAUGUGGGCCGGCCACUGCGGGGAUCAGUCACAUCCGGAGAAGAGCAACUGCUGUUGCGGACACAAGCUGGUGCAGCAGCAGCAGCAGCAGCAGCAGCAACAGCCGCAGCAGGCACAGCUACCAACACCUGCGGCAUUCGUGCAGCAACCGUCGAUCGGCACCGGGAUCAAGAGUGAGCCAGAACCGCUCAAGGCGAUCAAAACCGAAUCGACGGUGGCGCCCUCUAGGGGGAUCCUCACGAACGCGGUACCGGUGACAGGUGUCAACAGCAGCAGCCUCGUGAGUCGCACUCCAAUCGCCAUCACCAACGCCAGCGUCGGUACCAAAUCGGUCGGUAUCAUCACCAAUACUACCAGCCUUCUGACACCGUUUAAGGCUACCCAAAGUUCGGCACAAAUCAAAGCCGGAAGCUCGAUUCUCAAACGUCACCAGCAGCAUCAGCAGCACUCGAACGAGAGUGUAGGAGAGCCAGACUGCGCACCGCUGCACCAGCAACACCUGCAACACCCGGAACAGAAGAUUCUCCGGAUACCUCACCUGCCCCGUGGGUCCUUUCUAGCGAAGCGCGAGCAGGAUGUGCUCAGUAUAGCAGCCCAAAACCACGCACGACCAGACACACCGCUCAGCCUCGACGAUGAUCCGCUCGAGUUUAAGCACCCGCAUAUCGACCUGAUGGCGACCUGCACGAUCGGUUCGAACCAGCAACGGUUGCUGCAGCCGACGGCUCCCGCCACCGGUGGGGCGAUGUUCUCCUCACCGGUCUCCACGAGCGGGGUCAGCAGUGGCGGCAACUCCCCAACGAUGACGGCCAGCAGUAGUAGCGGACCACUGUCAGGCGUAGAAUCUCGUCCAAUUGCACCCAGCGAUCGGUUGAGUAAUUGCUGCAACUGCGGCGGUAGCGGCGGUGGUGGUGGUGGUGGUGGUGGUGGUGGCAACAGCAGUAGAAGCGGUGGCCACACGACCUUGUGCUACUUGAACUACCUGCAGGACAGCAGCAGUACGGAUAUGGAGCUGCGCAUAAAGAAGCUCCGCGAGCAGCUGUUGAUGAUUGACGGUUCCGAUCACCUGCAGUUGCUGCAUCACAACACCUACCAUCAAGCGCAGCAACACUUCGAUCGGUCGUGCUCACCGAUAAGCCCGCUGGCGCAGCUGUUGGACGAUCUGCAGGAGAUCGAGAACAGCAGCAACACCCGCAGCUCUCUGUUCGAUGAUCAGCACCUCUCGGGGUCGGGCGCGGGCGGCAAGGGUGCGUCAGGGGACUCCGCUGCGCUGGGAUUGCUGCAGCAGCAACACGCGUCCCAGCAACACGGGCCGCACCAAUCGCAUCAGCAACAGUGCGGCUGGAAUAGUCUCGAUCUGAUGGGUCAGCUGUCACCGGUGGAUGAGCGUAAGCGCCGGUUCCAGGCGCAUCAUCAUAUGCAGCGGGCGAAUCGGGAUCUGAUACGGUUGAGUGAUGACGAGGAUGAUGGAACGGAGUAUGCGGUGAAGCAGCUCGAGGAGGACGAUGACUUCACGACCGUCAGGUUGGAUCUAGACGACGAGGAGGAGGACUACGACGUCGAGGACGAUGAGGAUGAUGAUGAGGAGGAGGAAGAGUACGAUCAAGACGAUGAUGAGGAGGAAGAAGAGGAGGACGAGGAGGAGGAGGAGGAGGAGGAAGAAGACGACGUCGAUAACAGCCCAGAGGAGGAGGAUGAAACGUACACGAUAGCUGGUGGACGUGGAAGAAGCCGAAAUAGAGCCACACGCAACAACCACUAUCAACACCGACGGUCGAUGACUGCGUCACGGUGUUCCUAUCGAUCGCGUGACGUCAUGAAGAAGCAGAAGAAGCAAGCGAAUGGUGACGUUUUGCCGGUUCCGGUGAACGGCGGGAUUGAGUGCAAAUCGUCCUCGUCGGUGAAGAUGAGUGCUGGAGGACAACAGCAGCAGCAGCAGCAGCCCGGAAACACCGGUGCAGGGCAGCUUCCGGCGCAGGAUGGCGUGGGAUCUUCGUACUUCGGUGAUCACAGCUACACGCGCCCGAAGGGUGGUUAUAAUAUGAACGAACUCGGUGUUCAAACGCCAUCCGAUUCCGACGAAGAAAUCGACGUCGUUUCGCUGGGCGAAAAGAACCUCCCAACCAACCCGACGGCGCGUGACUGCCGCCAACUGCAGUCCGAGGUGGCCAGCAAGAUCCGCACCGCAUCCACCCGUGGUGCCUCAAGCCUCACCCAACACCACCAUCCCCACUAUCAACGCCAGCAUCAGCAACACCUCGGAGACGGUCAAAGCUCGGGCGGUGGUAUCUACCCAACACCGGCCGGUUCCACGACCAUCUCCGGUGCCAACACACCCCUACCAACCGGCAGUGGUUGUGGUAGUGCCGCCGCCUCACCACCACCAACCACCUGCAGUGGUUCACCCUCGAGUGGUGGUACCCACGCGAGCUCGAACCGAAAGCGAUCCGGCGGCAAACGGUCCGGUGCCGGCAUGUUCAAGCGCAUGCGGCUUAGUUCCUCGAAGCGCCACGCUGCGGCCACCGGUGCCGGCUCGAGUGGCAGCGAUGAUCCGGCGGCUCAGGCCAUCGCGGACGAGCUGGACACCGCGGAGAAGCGCAACCUGCACAACAACCUCGAGCGGCAGCGGCGCAUUGGGUUGAAGAACCUCUUCGAGGAGCUGAAGCGCCAGAUACCGCAGCUGCGCGAUAAGGACCGCGCGCCCAAGGUGCACAUCCUGCGGGAGGCGGCCGAACUCUGCCGGCGGUUGAACCGGGAAGCCGAGCAGGUGAACGAGCUGCGCCAGCGGCAGGUGAAGCUGUACGAGCGUGUCCGUUACCUGCGCUCUACCAUGCACAGCCAGCGGCAAGGACACGAGUAG